GAUUGGAUGGAUUUGUUUUUUCCUCACUGGCGUAAAGGUUUGAUUGGAUUGGAAGCAGUUAAACAAGUAGGCUUUGAAGACGAUAAGGAGCAACUUUUAGGUUACGAAGCUGAACUUAUCCUAAAAAAUGAUCAGCCAAUUUUCAAGCGUGCUUACGAGGUACCAUACAAAAUCCGUGACAAACUGUUGAACCACUUGGACAUGCUAGAAAAGCAGAACGUAGUUACUCCAAUAGCAGCAAGCGAGUGGGCGUCUCCAGUAAUCGCCGUUAUGAAGAAAGACGGCGACAUACGCAUGGUGAUCGAUUGCAAGAUUUCUCUCGGGCAUCAAACUGUUACAGCUCAUCGAAAUCAACUAAAAUUGAUUCAUGAUCAGCGGCGUAGCUCUAUGGUUCUUAUGCCAUUCCACGAACGGAAGCGAAGACGUGAUUCGAUCGAAUUAGAAGAUCCGUUUAUUGGAUUUCCAGAUGUUCCACACGUUCCAGAACAACGAGAAACCAAGAAGCGGAAGCUGAUCAGUGUUGCUCGCAGUCCAGUUAUUACCAGAAGUGCUACGCGAUCGAACCAAGAAGAAAAAGUGCUUGAGUAGUUAAAAUUAAAUGAUACUGAGCCCGGUUAACCGUAGCGGUAUUAUCUGAAUUGAAUGAAUAAUUAUUUUAAGUUAACUUAUAUUCGGCAAUUGAAUUGCAUUCAGAAUUUCAAGGAAAACAUUGAAUUUGUAGUUGUCCUACAUUAUUUCAAAUAAGUUAUUAUUUUCUCAAAGAAGGGAGAAUUGUUGUAUAACAGUUAAGUUGAUGUAAUGAACAAAACUCUCAGAUUGAGAGUUCAAUAAGCAUGCAAUACAAUACAGGGCUCAGUCGAGUCUAGUGCAUGAAACAGACAAGAAGCCUUUAAAGAUUAUCAUCCGAAAACCUUUAUAACCCGUAGUAAAGCCAUAGUCCGGAGUGACCUUCUAGUAGUUUUUAAAAAGUGUUUUAAGUAUA